GGGAACUAAGGCUGAGGCAGAGCGCGCAGCUCCGGCGGUGCGUGGAGAUCGGUCGCGCCGGCGCCAGUGGCAGCAGUAGCGGCACAACCGGCCAACACUAGAGGCCACCACGGACGGGAGAUCGUGGUCCUCUCCCGUAAACACACUCGCCUCCUCCACCGCCUCCCCCUCCGCGCUGCGCGCCCUCCUGCUUGGCGCCCAAGGCCGCUCCGACUGCUAUGUGACCGCCAGGCUGCGGAAGAAAGGGAGACCAGGCUCGCUCCGGGAGCACCUGGGGCCAAGUUUGCGGCCACUUCUGCAGGCGCUCCCUCUUAGCUUCUCCCGCCCGUUCUUGCAGCCUAGCUAGCCAGAGCGCCCUUCGCUUUCUCGCGCGCCUAGUUAGCCUCAGGUCCCGGCGACCAUGGUGACGAUGGAGGAGCUGCGGGAGAUGGACUGCAGUGUGCUCAAAAGGCUGAUGAACCGGGACGAGAGCGGCGGCAGCGCGGGCGGCAGCGGCGGCCACGGCACUCUGGGGCUACUGAGUGGUGGCAAGUGUCUGCUGCUGGACUGCAGACCGUUCCUGGCGCACAGCGCGGGCUACAUCCGAGGCUCGGUCAACGUGCGCUGCAACACCAUCGUGCGACGGCGGGCCAAGGGCUCGGUGAGCCUGGAGCAGAUCCUGCCCGCCGAGGAGGAGGUGCGCGCCCGCCUGCGCUCUGGCCUCUACUCGGCGGUCAUCGUUUACGACGAGCGCAGUCCGCGCGCCGAGAGCCUCCGCGAGGACAGCACAGUGUCGCUGGUGGUACAGGCGCUGCGCCGAAACGCCGAGCGCACCGAUAUCUGCCUGCUCAAAGGUGGCUACGAAAGGUUUUCCACUGAGUACCCAGAAUUCUGUUCCAAAACCAAGGCCCUAGCAGCCAUCCCACCGCCGGUGCCCCCCAGCGCCACGGAGCCUUUGGACUUGGGCUGCGGCUCCUGCGGGACCCCACUGCACGACCAGGGGGGUCCUGUGGAGAUCCUCCCCUUCCUCUACCUCGGCAGUGCCUACCACGCUGCGCGAAGAGACAUGCUGGACGCCUUGGGCAUCACUGCCCUGCUGAAUGUCUCCUCGGACUGCCCCAACCACUUUGAAGGGCACUAUCAGUACAAGUGCAUCCCGGUGGAAGACAACCACAAGGCCGACAUCAGCUCCUGGUUCAUGGAAGCCAUCGAGUACAUCGAUGCAGUGAAGGACUGCCGCGGGCGGGUGCUGGUGCACUGCCAGGCGGGCAUCUCGCGCUCGGCCACCAUCUGCCUGGCCUACCUGAUGAUGAAGAAGCGGGUGAGGCUGGAGGAGGCCUUUGAAUUCGUGAAGCAGCGCCGCAGCAUCAUCUCACCCAACUUCAGCUUCAUGGGGCAGCUGCUGCAGUUUGAGUCCCAGGUGCUGGCCACGUCCUGUGCCGCAGAGGCCGCCAGCCCCUCAGGCCCUCUGCGGGAGCGUGGCAAGGCCACCCCGACCCCCACGUCACAGUUCGUCUUCAGCUUCCCCGUCUCUGUGGGCGUGCACUCGGCCCCCAGCAGCCUGCCCUACUUGCACAGCCCCAUCACCACCUCCCCCAGCUGUUAGAGGCACCCAGGACCCCCCCAAACCGGAGUUGGCUCCCAGCAAGUUUGGGGCGACUGUGUGCAGGCAGCCAGUGGGGACUGACCAGCUGGGGGCAGGCGACCAAGCUCCUUCCCUGUGCAUUUCUCCUGGGCCAACCCCGGGGCCAGCCAGGCAAUAAGGACUCUGAAUCCACAUAAAAAGCAAACAAACAAAAUACUCCAACCUAGAGCAAUAAUGGCUGUCUCCGCAGCCGGGGAAGACCUUGGUUUGGUUUCUGUGUCAGUUUUGCUUUUCCGAUAGAAAUUUCUUACCUCAUUUUUUUAAGGCUUGAAGUUAGGAAACCCACAGAUCCUGGCAAAUGUGCCCAACCAAUUUUAUUAAGGGGGGAGGGAGGGCGGGUGGGAAAAGAUAAGAAGAAAACAAGUUUGCCAGAAGUGCCUGGUCUGUGUGCGUGUCCCUUCCUCGUCAUCGUCGUCGUCAUUUGUUGUAGUUACAGGAGUUUUGUUUUUUAAAAGAAA